AUGUUGAUCGGAGGUGAAAAAUGGGCAUGUGAAGCAUGUGUGAGGGGUCAUCGUGUGAGUAACUGUCAACAUUCAGACAGGCCUCUCCAGCAUAUCAACAAAAAGGGCCGCCCAGUUUCCCAAUGUCAGCAUUGUCGAACUUUGCGAAAAUCCCGGUCGGCUCAUGUACGUUGUGACUGUAGUCUCGAGAAGAUUCAGUCCAAAGAAACUCUGACUGCAGCUGCCAUCGUUGCUGCUAGCUCUAAUGGAGAUAGCUUUGAAGCAAAUACUCAUGCCAAAAACUGUUCCUGUAAUCAUGGAGCUGGAUGCAAAUGUGCUCUGAAGAAGGAGCCCCUGGAGCCAGUCCCCGAGUCAGAUUCCGACGAACCUCCUGUUAUGGUUAAGCGACGUGCUCGUGCUCAUACCACCAGCUUUGAAAAUGGUAUAACAAUCCUUACUAAUGGUCACCGAAAACAAUCACAGAAGCACAACAAUACAGCCCAGAAGUAUGGGUCUCCAUAUCCUAUGUCACGAACACAAUCUCUUCGUGUACCGUCACCCACAAGCAUCAGUAAAACUCUUGAAAAAACAGCAUACAUGACAACCGUAAAGCCAAGGCAUGAAGACUCCCCUAUCAAGGAGGUUAUAGAGCAACGUCUAGUGAAAUCUGAACAUGCUUCGCCUGUUCUCAGUUCAGCCUCGAGCUUAGACUUGCUCAAUGGACAACUGCCCUCUCUUAGCAUGUUUGUGCCUGGGGAUGUAAACUGGCCACAGGGCUUGAAUAGUAUUUCGUCAGCCACUGAAACUGAACAACCCAUGUUUUCGGCAGGGAUCGGCCCGUCUUCCAUCGACUGGUCACACUAUGAUAGACUUACAUUUAACAGCGAAAGCUUUGUUUCAUCGAAUUUCAGUCAACCGACUUCGUACUCUGGAUUUGAAUUUGGUAGCUUGGAACAACCAACCCUAACUACAGCGCCUACUUCGGGAGAAAUCUCCGAAGUGGAUGAUUUCGCACCUUUAAAUGAUAAGACUAGUGGAAUUCCCAGCAUUUUCCCCCACACAAAAUACACCUCAGAUCAGGAUACUCCGGAUUUUAUUGAUGUGGAGGAUUACGGAAUCAGCACGACGUCACCAUAUAUGAGUUUAUCAUCUUCGCAGGUUUUAGCAAAUAGUAACAUCGAAGAUCUAGAAGUUUUUCUCAAAUGUUCCAAUACUCUGAAUAGUUGUUCUCAUGGACUUCUUACUCCUACUGAUGAUCAAAGCAGAGCUAGUCAAGACUCAUCUCCUUUUACUGAGAGUCACUUUGCAUUUCCUCUUCCUGAAGAAGAAAAUGAACUUCUAUGGAUGAGUAACUUCCCUCAAAUACAAGCAAACGUCGGGACUGGCCCUGCUUCAAGCAAUUUGUCAGACGAUUUCUGGGCUCAAUAA